UUUGGUUCAACCAGUGACAGUUUUUAUUUUGGACAAAUUUUUAUCAUUCGAAAUAAAAAUAAAGAAAAUUCAAUUAAUUGUGCAGUUUUGUUUAUUGCAACUGGUGCACCAAUUGACCUAGACACACAUCGGUCUUGGCAAACGUUCAAUUAAGCAGACAACAGUUUCGUGAAACUAAUUUUUAAAUCGGGUGAGUGCUGUCCGGAAUGUCUGAACAAAAUUGUGACACGUCGCGAACACCAGCCAACAAAAACCCUCUUUUAAGCGCCUCGGUGACAGGUUUAACGUUCGACGACUUCACAAACAAAGCAAUAAUUCUGCCAGCUGCUGCACUUCCGCCGAAACUACCGGAUCCGAAAGAGACAGAGCCUACAAAACCAGUCAUAUUUGGAACCGAACCGGCAAUUUUAGACACCGAAAGUUUCAGCGAAAUAAGUUUAGAUCAACCGUCUGACCAAGAAUCGUAUCCAUCACUUGCUAAUCCGUUGCAAGACGACCAAUUCGGCACAGAUUACUCGAAACCAUUUAAUCCAUUGACGCAGGCAACACAAUUGACAGCUUCCUUAUCGCAAUUGCCAAGUGUAGCAUCAUCGGUUUUCUCGUCAUUUUCGAACAUUUUGAGAGGAACUUCUCCAACGCCAAAUAUAUCAACCGAGCAGCAGCAACCGCAACAGCAUAUCGAUCCGUAUAAUGCUCCACCAGUUCCGACACUCGGCAACGUUCCAUUCGUAAAUAGUAGUCUAGCGUAUCCAAGUGAAGAACCUGCGGUGCCACCUGUCAUUCCAACAUUUUACUCGCCUACUGAUCCGGCAUUUCCACCACCAGCUCCAACAUUAUCGCCACCACCGGCCAAUACUUCAUCUGGUAAUGCGUAUCGUCUUACUACGAAGAGAAAAACUUAUGCUCCUGCACCUGGCUUAACAUAUCAAGACAAUCAACCCGUUGCAAGUGCAUUUCCAUCAUAUGCACCACCUUUGCCGAAUCCAAUUAACGAACCGAAUUUCUCGGCAAAUCAAUCGACAUCCUACGAAAACACCGCAGUGAAUCAGCCGCAGCCGCCAUCCCAAACCAACAAGUUUUCUCUCACAUCGUUCUUUUCGACACCAUUGCUAGAGAAAAUAACUGGAUCUGGUGUGAGUCACAACCAAGAAACACCGGCAUCUAGUGUACCCGACGUUUAUGCUGUUCCGUCGAUAAAUCCACCAGCUCCAGCCACUACUAUAAAUCCAGGAUUGUUCGAUACACAUCCACCAGCUCCAGUCACUACUAUAAAUCCAGGAUUGUUUGAUACACAUCCACCAGUCACUACUGUAAAUCCAGGAUUGUUUGAUACACAUCCACCAGCUCCAGUCACUACUAUAAAUCCAGGAUUGUUUAAUACACAUCCACCAGUAUUUAAUGCACAUCCGCCGUUGUCAGAAAAUAUACCAACAUAUUCUCCACAGCAGCAAACGUAUCAGCCCACACCCCCAUUAAGUACGCCAUUAUUUUUCAAUCCGGCUCAACAAACAAGUUUACCUGCAGUCAACCAAACGCAAUCUAGUGCGUACGGUACACCUGAACCUGUCUCCAAUAUUUCAUCGAUUCCUCCGUCAUCAAUUCCGCCUUCUGGAAACGUAAGCAGUUACCGACUUCGAGGAAAGCCCCACUAUAAAAAUCCUUUGUCGUCAGCAACUACAAGUGCACCCAUUGUAACUCCAUUUUUUCAAGCGACGCCGAAUCCCGCAAUAACUUCCGAGAUAUUUAAUCCAGGAAACAUUGCGGCUACUGAAACUCCAGAUCAAUCUUCGCAGUCAAGUGGUUUUUCACAUCCACCACCGUCCAACGUCGGUUUCUUUAAUCAGCUGCGAAGUGUGCCAGUUGAACCGAAAGCACCAAUAACUUCCGAGAUAUUGAAUCCAGUGAACAUUGCGGCUACUGAAACUCCGGAUCAAGCUUCGCAGCCAAGUGGUUUUUCACAUCCACCACCGUCCAACGUCGGUUUCUUUAAUCAGCCGCGAAGUGUGCCAGUUGAACCGAAAGCACCAAUAACUUCCGAGAUAUUUAAUCCAGUAAACAUUGCGGCUACUGAAACUCCGGAUCAAGCUUCGCAGUCAAGUGGUUUUUCACAUCCUCCACCGUCCAACGUCGGUUUCUUUAAUCAGCCACCAAGUGUGCCAGUUGAACCAAAAGCAGCUAACGUAACUUUCUUUAAUCAACCGGAAAGUCUACCCGUGGAGCCGAACGUACCACUAUUCAAUCCAUUCAAUCCGAAUAGUUCUGGAAACACGCACUCUUUCGAUUCAUUUGGAACAGGAAAUGUGCAACAGCCUUCCAUUCUAGCUCAAACACAAGGAAUCGAUGUACAGCAACCUGUUCUAAGCCAACAACCAUUUCAAAUUGAACAACAACAACAGUUUCAGCAUUUUCAAGUACCAGCCGAACAUCAACAAAGUCAAUCACAGCCUGUUCAACAGCACCAACCGUUUCUAUUACAACCUUUCCAACAAGAGCCAAGCCAAAUACUGACUGAGCAGCAAGUCCAGACACAAUCAGUUGAAACCUCACCAGUCCAAGAGACAAAUCUUGAAAAUCAGACGCAUUCGGAUCUUCCAUUAGACCAAGCACACUUGACGACAAGUCCUCAAUCAUUGCAGACAAAUCUAUUUCAACAAUUUGAGGCAGCCAAAGAAUCUGAUCGACUGAUUCCAACGCAAUUUCAAGUUCCAUCUGAACAAUCAGAAAUCGAACAACAGGUCACUUCACUACAACCACAACCUUUCGCCAAUCCGUUUGCAGUGCCAACACCAACACCUCCAUCUCAUAGCAGCGACCAACAAUCGAAUUUUCCUUCGGACCUAUUCACACCAUUCCAAGCGCAAAAUCAAACACCGAGUUUUUACCCCCCGCAGACUGCAAGCGCUGAAUCAGUUGACAAUCAAUAUUUGCAGGAAGAAGUUAGCACCGCUGGUGAAAACACUUUCCAACCGCAAUUUACGGAGGAGAUUUUGGAUAACACUCAGGCCCAGUUCACUGACCUCAAUUUGAAAUCACAAGACAUUGCAGCUGAAACGAAUUUCUUUGGUCCGGUGGAAUCGCAACAAGACGACAAUAAAGCCGAAGGUUUGAUUCAUCAAACAGACACUACCAGCACUGACAGUAAGACAUCCACAACUUUUGACAAUUUCUUCGGCUCUCAGACGACGCAGCAAUCAGCGAUUACAGCAUAUCCACAACAAGGUCAAUCAGAGCCUAUUCCUACGUCAACUUUAGCAAGUUCAUUCUUUACAACGCAGACAAAUCCGUCACCUGCAGACUGGUUCAAUUCACCAAAAACCGUAGAACCGUCGACCAAUCGAUUCGAAGACGAUAUUAAUCGGAAUCCACAACAGCCAACCGAAAGGGAAACCCUCGACGCGAGCAGUUUCUUCGCUACCAAUAACAACAAUCAAAUAUCGUCGCCACCGAAUUAUUUCCAAAUUCAGAAUUUCUUCAACAAUCCCCCACUGAUUGCCGAUUCCAAGGAACAAGACAGCAAUUUCAAUUUCAUCGAAAAUAAUUUGAUAAACAAACGUUUGCACAAUUUGACGCAUCACAAAGGAUCGACGGAAACGGACGGUGGGUCAAUUUCAUCAAAUAUAGUUGAGCCUCCGUCAUCGGCUCAGUCAGAAUUUUCGGAAUUUGCCGAAGUCAAUCCGGAAACGAGUCAAAGUGAUGAAUACUUAGGUGAACAACAGUUUCCAGUUGAUUCACCAAACAUUGCAACAAUGGCCAAUACAUCAGAUCAAUCGAAUGGUGGUCCUGCUGCUGCCGAACUGACAAAUGUCGUAUAUCGGCCAGUGUACAAACAUUGGUUCUUCAUAAAAAAGACUUCGGAUCAAAAACCAACAUGGACACCAUUCCCAAUGAACGAUUCACUGAAUCUAGAAGAAGCAUUCACAUCCAAUUCAAACCAAUGCAUUACGACAAAUGGGGGACGUUACGAUGUUAACAUUGAGGAGCGUACGCGAACGCCGGUCUACUGGAACGGUGCUUCUGAUGAGGUGCGUCGAUGCUCAUGGUUUUAUAAGGGAACUGAUUCACGCUUGGUACCAUAUGAAGAAAAUGUGGCGGAUUUACUGGAAGAGGAAUAUCGACUGACAUCGCAAUCCGGCGAAUGGAAUCGAAAAAUUGUUAUACCAAGCGGUGAAAUUGUCAUGUUUCAAGCUCCCAGCAUAAUGGUUCAUUUUCUUGCUGCACAGACGCCUGAUUUAUGGCCGAAUGCAUCAGUGCCGCCAACCGCUAAUCGGCCUCGAGUCGUCAAACGUGGUGUCGACGAAUUUAAUAUUGAAGACGGUGAACCAGAACAAAUAAAUCACUUGCUGUUCAUGGUCCACGGAAUCGGUGCUGGAUGUGAUCUGAAAUUUCGAUCGGUUGAGGAAGUUGUGGAAGAUUUCCGAUCGAUUGCCAUGCAAUUGACACAAUCACAUUACCGCAGUUCGUGCGAUCGAGGUGAAGUUGGUCGCAUUGAAGUUUUACCCGUAUCCUGGCACAGUGAAUUACAUUCGGAGGAGUCUGGUAUUGACGAGAAACUGAAAGCUAUCACGCUUGAGUCCAUACCAAAAUUACGAACAUUUACAAAUGACACACUACUAGACAUAUUGUUCUAUAGCAGUCCCGUGUUUUGUCAGAAAAUUAUGGACACAGUGGCUGGCACGAUAAACAGAAUGUACAUAAAAUAUUGCGAACGAAAUCCCAAUUUCAAGGGCAACGUCUCACUGGCUGGCCAUUCAUUGGGUUCGUUGAUUCUCUUCGAUUUAUUGCAAAAUCAACGAAACUCUCAGUGUUCCGACAAUCAAAUGGAUGUUGAUCGUUUGUCGCCAGCAGAGUGUAGCGAUGAAGGAGCAACGGGGGUUCGGUCACACAAACCGUUGUCGCGAACGAAAUCGAAGAAGAUUAAUUACACAAUUGGUCCAGCUGGUACGGGCCAACCAUUUAUUAAUUAUCCGCAGUUAGUAUUUCAUCCUAAGAAAUUUUUUGCGCUUGGAUCGCCUAUUGGAAUGUUUGUUACUGUCCGAGGUAUCGACAAUCUCGGCCUGGACUACAAACUCCCAACAACUGACGGUUUCUACAACAUAUUUCACCCGUACGAUCCCGUCGCUUAUCGAAUUGAAGCACUCGUCAACAGUGAACUGAUACCGGUACGGCCGGUUCUAAUCCCACACCACAAAGGUAGAAAACGAAUGCAUUUGGAAUUGCGUGAAACAAUGGCUCGGGUCGGUGCGGACAUAAAACAGAAAAUUGUCGACACAUUUAAGUCGGUGUACAAUUUUGCGUCAUUGCAAAAACCGAAUGAUCCGAAAUCACUGCAACAAGAAGUUGAUAAGGUGUUGGAACAACAACUGUCCUUGGAGACGUCGCAAGUUCAACGAACUCGAGCUUGUAGUACGUCAACAACAUCGAGCGAUGACAAUGGAGACGUUGAAUUCUCUUUGGGAAUGCUGAACGAAGGCAAACGCGUCGACUAUGUGCUACAGGAAGCACCGCUAGAAUUCUUCAACGAGUACCUUUUUGCCUUGACCAGUCACGUCUGUUACUGGGAUUCAGCUGACACAAUUCUAUUUAUUGUCAAGGAGAUAUACACGUCGCUGGGUAUGCAAACGGAUAAUCAAAUACCACAGCAAUCAAUGACGAUUGAACGGCCUAUUUCAACUCCAUCAGCAUCGCCUGCACCCGCUGAUUCGUGAGCUUGUCAAGUUUUUUUUUAUAUUUUAAAUUGCUUGCUGAUGUGCUGAUGGGAUCAUUGGGGACGUUAAAGUUGUUAAAUAGUUUUUCUAACUGGUCGGACAUAAUAUUAUAAGAAAUUAGACAAAAUUAUUUUCUGUUAAAAUUACAAAUAUUUUGAUAAAUGAAUAAAAAAGAGACCUAAUUGAA